CCACUUCUCUCUCUCUCUCUACGAUUUCUUAUCUGAAGAGGAAGAAGAGAUCCAAUUCUUGUUUCCCUCUCUUCUUCUCUCUGGACUGAAUUCAAGAUCUCUUAGCUUCAAAUUCAAGAUCUUUUUAGCAUCAUUGUUUGAAUCUUCAAGGAGGGUAACAAAGAAGACGAUGACUACAAUCAAUAACAACCACCAAGACACCAACACCCCGGUGACCGCUCCGGUGAUCACAUCGUCCAAGCAGCCCCUCCCCACGACGAAGAGCGCCGAUACUCAGUCUGUUCUCAAGAGGUUGCAAUCAGAACUAAUGGCUCUAAUGAUGAGUGGUGAUUCUGGGAUAUCUGCAUUCCCUGAGGAAGAGAACAUAUUCUGCUGGAAAGGUACAAUAACUGGAAGCAAAGACACCGUAUUCGAAGGAACAGAGUACAAGCUCUCCCUCUCCUUUCCAAACGAUUACCCGUUUAAGCCUCCAAAGGUCAAAUUCGAAACUGCCUGCUUCCAUCCCAAUGUUGAUGUCUAUGGGAACAUAUGCCUAGACAUUCUUCAGGAUAAAUGGUCAUCCGCUUACGAUGUGAGGACCAUACUGCUUUCCAUCCAGAGUCUGCUCGGAGAACCAAACACAAGCUCACCUCUAAACACUCAAGCGGCAUCGCUUUGGAGCAACCAAGAAGAAUAUAGGAAGAUGGUGGAGAAGUUAUACAAGCCCAUUACUGCUACUGCCUAGCUCUGGAGAUAUGAAAAGGUGUUUGGCAGUUAGUGUUGUUUCAAAAUGUUUCAUUCAUUCUUUUUCUCUCAAUUUUCUACAGUUGGGUUGUCACAGAAAACUGAGAAACGAGAAUUUCAUGAAUAUUUUUGGUUAAAAUUUAUGGUGUGCUAAUGACUUUUUGUUUACUCCGCUCCGCGUGUUGUAUUUUUAUCAACCAAUUGUGUCUAGAUUUACUACAGUUGUGCGUGUAAUGACGCGUCUGAAGUUAAUGGCAUUUCACUUGUUAAA